AUGAAACCGUUUAGAAGAAGAUCGGUCCUGGCGACAGGUCUCUCAGUCCUUCUUUCCAUCCAACAUGUCCUGGCGAUACAACUAGAUUUACAAAACACACACUCGAUCAAAUCGGCCGCAAGUACAAUCGCGGGCGAGAUGGUCUCAUACUACACUGGCUAUAGGCCUGGCGAUGUCCCGGGAAAUCUACCCGCACCGUAUUACUGGUGGGAAGCAGGUGCAAUGUUUGGCGCCCUGAUUGACUACUGGUACUUUACCGGAGACGACACCUACAAUACCAUCACCACUCAAGCUCUGCUUCACCAGGUCGGUCCUGACAACGAUUUCAUGCCUCCUAAUCAGACGAAAACCGAAGGUAACGACGAUCAAGCAUUCUGGGGCAUGGCUGCUCUCUCCGCGGCAGAGAACAAAUUCCCGGAUCCUCCAGCAGGCCAGCCGCAGUGGCUCGCUUUGGCCCAAGCCGUGUUCAACACCCAAACAGCUCGAUGGGAUACCACGUCUUGUGCAGGCGGUCUGAAAUGGCAGAUAUUUGCUUUCAACAAUGGAUACAACUACAAGAAUACCAUCUCCAAUGGCUGUUUCUUCAACAUGGCCUCUCGCCUGGCUGUCUACACCGGAAACCAGACAUAUGCCGACUGGGCUGUCCGGAUGUGGGACUGGUGUUCGGCCAUUGGCCUUCGGGAUGCACAGUACAACUUUUUCGACGGCAGCGACGACACCCUGAAUUGUACCCGGAUGGACCACAUCCAAUGGACCUACAACGCCGGCACUUUUCUGGUCGGCGCCGCCAAUAUGUACAACUUCACCGGAGGGAGUCAGGAGUGGGCCGAUAGACUGAAUGGCAUCAUCGGCAACUUGAAGGUUUUCCUGAAAGACAACGUCAUGUACGAGCAGGCGUGCGAAAUUCCCAACAACUGCAAUGUCGACCAACGUUCAUUCAAGGCGUACCUCGCGAGAUGGAUGGCGGCCACAGCGGUCAAGGCACCUUUCACAUAUCCUCUUCUAAAACCGAUUUUGGAAACCUCAGCAACGGCCGCGGCUGCGGCGUGCACGGGCGGCACCAACGGUACUUCGUGUGGGUUGAAGUGGACAACAGGCACGUUCGACGGCAGCACUGGAGUCGGCGAGCAGAUGUCAGCCUUGGAGGUGAUUCAAUCCAACCUGAUCGAUAUCGCUGCUGGGCCCGUUACAGAGGUCUCAGGAGGAACGAGCCAAGGAAAUCCGAACGCCGGAACAACUAGCGACAUUGGGCCCAGUGAUCUGCACGAGGGAGAAGUGACCACAGCGGACAAGGCUGGCGCCGCAAUCUUGACUGUGCUGCUAGCCAUGUUCGUCAUAGGCGGUGCAUGGUGGAUGGUGGUUUGA